UGAUAAACGACGCGCUUCUCUUAUCACGAACACCAUAAGGGUAAUGGUUUCCGUUCAGCAGUGAGUGCAACUGACGACCCACGUGUGAUAAACAGGAAGGCGCAAUAAAUCGCUAUAAAAUAUGGAAACGUGUAUACCAAAGAUGGAGAUUACCCUAUCCGUGGAGGAAGAAAAUGCGCUCACGCUGUACGAAGAGCUCGAGCAGACGGAUAUCAAUCCGACCAACCUUAACGUCAACUGUUGCUGCGGGCUGCUCCGCACCUCACCCUUCCACCAACCAAAGGCCUCGGUCGGUUCCCCCGAUCGUCUCCAUCUUCCCGAUCCAACCGAUCGCGAUGCACAUUCCUCUAGUCACGCAGCACAAAGCAAUCACCAUCACCACCAUCAUGAUCAUCACCGGCCACACCAUGACCAAGACGAGGACGAGGAAGAUGACGAGGUCAGCGUGGAGUACGACCGAUGGCGUCACAAUGUCACCCGCCGGAACGAGCGAUACCGGGCGUUUGGACUGCUGGAGUCCAGCAUCCUCAACAGCUUCCAGCUGCAAAACUUUCGCCGCAAAACGCCGAGCGUGUUCGAUUCGUCCAGCUCCUCCGGGCAGACGAGCUGCAGCUCGACGACGUCCAGCAUGAUCGAGGACAUCUCGGACAAGAUCGAGGAGAUCAGCAAGCUGGACACCAACAUCCAUUCGCUCAUGUACAAAUCGGUCGAGCUGCACAACGACAUACUGUCCUUGGAAGCCACCACCAACCGGCUGAUCGCGGACACGCGCAAACUAUCGGACGAUCUCGACGACGUGCGGUUCCUGGACGAGCUGAUCACCAUCCUGAACGGGGACAUCGGCCCAGUGAUACACCGCGAGUGGCCGUACAAAAUCGACACCGAUGCGCCGAUCGAAGAAGGUACGCCGGUCACCUAAGGCCGGAAAAACCAACACACCGUCAAACGACCAAAAACCGAACCAGUCAACCUCGUGAUAUUAGCCGCCGUCAACUAUUUGCCAAUCUGUGCCGCCGUGUCUCCGACUGACGGGGCGCCCAAGCGCACCGUUUCUUGAGCCGGGCUUAUUACGCCAUUAUGUAUGUGUCGAUAUGUCCCCCGCCAUGCCGGGGUGCAUAAGAAAGUGGACCGCAAGAACCUAAGAACGCGCGAACGUACUAUUAAGGAACUA